AUGAACCUACUACUCGGAACAACCAGUUUUGCCGGCAUCGGUGUCAGUGUGAAACCACACUCAUCACUUAAUUGCAGCAAGGGGGUAAUCAGGUGCCCAGCCUGGCGCAAUGACACCGAUGAAGACAUACUGGCAUAUUUCAAGGAGGUGAGCGUCCUGGUCUCUGAGGUGAGGCGGAUGGUGAUCAGGGGAAACAAUGAUAAUAUCAAAACAAACACCUUCAUCAUCACUUUUUCAACGCCAACAUUACCCCAUAUACUAACAAUCGGAUACCAGAGGUACAACGUUUCCGUCUACAUCCCAAAUCCAUUGCGAUGCCGAAACUGUCAGAAGUACGGUCAUCACGAAAAAAGAUGUAGACAAAAAUCGAUCUGCCAGUAUUGUGGCCGUGAGGGUCACACCGAACAAAGUGACUGUGACAUCGCCAACCUGCGCUGUGUCAACUGUGAGGAGAAGCACGCUGCCUCUUCUCGCGACUGCCCUACCUGGAGUCGGCAGAAGGAGAUAUUACGGGUUAACAAACCCGAGGUUUCUCUUUUCCCGAGACCAGGAGGAUAG